ACAAACAAAAUCUGAAUGAUCUAAAGAAAAAAUGGGAAAGAGCUUUGUAAUAAUCCUCUGUUUCUUAAGCAUAAGCGUCAAUGCUAUUUCUGUUUCUGCACAACAAACUUGUGACGAAACUGCUGGGAAUUUCAAACCCAAUAGUCCAUUUGACAAGAACCGCCGUCUCAUCGACUCUACUUUGGCUUCUAACGUCACGGAUCAUGACGGGUACUUCAACGGUUCGUUCGGGCUAGGCCCCAACAAAGUCUACGCCAUGGGAAUGUGCUCUCCAGGUGCUGCACUAGACGCUUGCUCCUCCUGUAUCAAAUCCAACGGUUUAAUACAGAUCUGUCCGAACCAGACAGAUGCUUUCUCAUGGUUAGGUCAAGAGAUCCUUUGCCUUGUCCGCUACGCUAGCAAGUCCUUCUCCGGGGUCCUCGUCUUAAACCCGGUUAGUGUGUUUUAUAAUUUAGUGGACAUAGAAAAACAAAACCAGAAGGAUUUUGAUAAAGUGUGGGACGAGUUAAUGUCUCGUCUGAUCACAUCAGCUUCGUCGUCAUUGAGAAAAAAUUCGUCUACUUCUUCUUCUUUGCUACCACCGUCUAGUAGUAUAUACUAUGCAAAGGACGUAGCUCCGGUGCCGGUUUACGGGAACAUAACAGCUUUGAUGCAAUGCACUCCAGAUAUUUCUUCAAAGGAUUGUGAACUUUGCCUAAAGACAAGCGUUGAUUACUAUAAGACAGGGUACCAUGGGAAGAAAGGCGGUAUUUUAUUGCGGCCAAGUUGCUUUUUCCGGUGGGAAUUGUUUACUUUCUCUGGUGCUUUUGAUAAUAUUGAUGAUCCACAGUCACCAUCAUUACCGCCUUCACAGCCUCCUUCACAGCCGCCCUCAAAGACGCCUUUUGUAGACAAUCUGGCCAAUAAAACCAAAAACAAAAGCAAGUCUUUCUUGGGAAUCUCGCCAGGAAUGAUCGCUGUGAUAGUCAUUGUUAUCAUCGUUUUCAUUGUAUUGAUUUGUGUAGGCGUAGCUAUUUUCAAGAGAAGAAAGCAAAAGCAAGAAAUUGAACUUCCAACGGAAUCUGUUCAAUUUGAUUUAAAGACAAUUGAAGCUGCGACGAGCAACUUUUCUGAGCGUAACAAGCUUGGUGAAGGUGGAUUUGGAGAGGUUUAUAAGGGUACGCUCAUGAAUGGAACUGAAGUUGCAGUAAAGAGGCUUUCAAAAACAUCAGGACAAGGCGAAGUAGAGUUCAAGAACGAGGUUAUUGUUGUUGCAAAGCUUCAGCACAGAAAUCUUGUUAGACUUCUCGGGUUUUCGCUACAAGGGGAAGAGAAAUUACUCGUCUAUGAGUUUGUUCCUAACCAAAGCCUCGAUUAUUUCCUCUUCGACCCUAAGAAGAGAGUUCAGUUGGAUUGGACAGUGCGACGCAACAUAGUCGCGGGAAUCACUCGAGGAAUUCUAUAUCUUCAUCAAGAUUCACGGCUCAAAAUUAUACACCGUGACCUCAAAGCAAGUAACAUUCUAUUAGAUGCCAACAUGAACCCGAAAAUUGCUGAUUUCGGAAUGGCAAGGAUCUUUGGAAUGGACCAAACUGUAGCCAAUACAGCAAGAAUAGUUGGAACCUUUGGUUACAUGUCACCGGAAUAUGUGACACAUGGCCAAUUCUCGACGAAAUCAGAUGUCUAUAGCUUUGGAGUCUUGAUUCUAGAGAUCAUUAGUGGGAGAAAGAAUAGCAGCUUCUACCAAAUGGAUGGUUUAGUUAACAACUUAGUCACAUAUGUCUGGAGACUCUGGGAGAACAAAUCAUUGCUUGAGCUUGUAGAUACUGGUAUUAGAGACGAUUGUAUAAAAGAUGAAGUCAUUAGAUACACCCAUAUUGGGCUGUUAUGUGUUCAAGAAAAUCCUGUAGAUCGCCCAACAUUGUCGACGAUUCAUCAAAUGCUCACAAAUAGCUCUAUAACUCUGCCUGUGCCUCUGCCACCUGGAUUUUUCUUCGGGAACGGACCAAGAUCAUUAGCCAAUGGAUUGGAGCCGGCUCAACCGAGCAAUUGUUCUGUAGAUAAAGCUACAAUCACUGAUGUUAAUCCUCGUUGAAAAUUCAACACGUUGAGAUUGGAUUGGUUUUUGGUUGUCACUUGUUUUAUGUCAGUAGUCAAAACGGAUCACUCAAGCUUCAAGAUCACUUCAAAAAACAUUAGGCUACUGUUUCAUUGAGUGCAAUACCCCUCAGGUUAUUUUGCUACUCUUAGCUUAAUUAGAUUAAUUACAUGCAGGAUCAGGUAUGUCAUUAGGAUUCCUUUACCACGUCUUUGU